GAGGAUCGCCGGCACUUCUACGGCGCUUGUGGCGGACAGCCACAUCCAGGCGUGGACUCCGUCGACCAAGCCAUCGACACUGCCACCCAGGCAGCGCCCAGCGUCGCUCAGGUGGUCGACACCGCCGCCCAGUCCGCCUACUCGGACGGGCGCUUCCUCGCCAACGGGGCCGCCUCCACGACGCCGCCUGCCCCCGCAGCGCCGCCUGCCUCGCCGACGCCGCCGGCGGGCCCGCAGUUCACCCUCGCGACCUUCGAG